GCCAUUGUCCCGCGCGCGGACGUUUUUUGUCUCCGCGCACCUCGGUCCUUCGGAGGUUAAGUCGAGUGGCCCUGCGGAUGCCGACUAGGGGAGGGGACAGAAGUAGCUUAACCCGAGUCUGUCGUGUGCAGAAUUGGGGCAGAGAGUUGCUUAACCGAGCUCGUCUUGCCGCAGAGCCGUGCUGGGCACUGAGGCUGGGACAGGCCCUGCCUGGCCCUCGACCCGGUGGACGCCCAGCUCAGGACCUCAGGCCCCUGCCUGUGCCUGGAGGAGAGCAUGGAAGAGCGGGAUGAGAAGCCCCCGGGACCCCUGAAGGCCAGCGCACAGGACUGUCUCCUUUCUCAGGAGAUUAUCGUCAAGGUCGAGAGAGACGAUGCUGGGUCACUGGCCGUUGCAUCCCAGGAAGGAGUGAACUUCCAAAGAGUGACUGUGGACUUCACUCAGGAGGAAGAAGGCACUUUGAACCCUGCCCGGAGGACCCUGGACAGAGAUGUGAUCCUGGAGAACCACAGGCACCUAGUCUCUUGGGACUCGGCAACUGCACUUGGAAGAAGAGAAUCAACAUCAAAGCAGAGCAUUUUUGGUGAUGAACCAUCCCACAGAGUGAAGAUAGAAAGGUUGACAAGAGAUGAACCUUGGUUAUCUUCAUGUGAAGAAGUUCAGGAUUGUAAGGAGCUGUUGGAGAAGCAACAGGAAAAACAAGAGAGACUUUUGAAGGAAGUGACAUUCACUCACAGAAAAGCUAUUAGUCAUGAGAGAGCCUGCAAAAGUGAUGACUUUGAGGAGAAGUGUGGUCUGAAUUCCAGUCUUCUUUCACCACAGAUGAUACCCAUAAGAAACCAUUUUCAUAAACAUGCUUCACAUGUUAAAAAAUUGCAUUAUAAUUCCAUGGUAAACACUCAUCAGAUGAUUAAUGAUAGUGAGAAACUCUGUGAAAAUAAAGAAUGUGGAAACCUCCCCCAGAGCAUUCAUUUUAUUCAGUUUACAAAAACUCAAACAGAAGAUAAAUCCUAUGGAUUUAGUGACAGUAUUCAACAUUUUAGCCAUGAUAAACCCCUAAAUCUACAUGAGAAAAUACACGCACAAGGAAGAUCUUUUGAUUUUAAGGAAUGUGAGCAAGUUUUGAACCACAGUAUAUCCCAUAAUGAACAACAGAGAAUCCCUGUUGAAGAGAGUCAGUAUAAAUGUAAUAAAACCUCCCAGAGUUCAUCCCUUGCUCAAAACAUGAGAAAUCUUUCUGAAGAGAAACCCUUUGAAUGUAAUCAGUGUGGGAAAUCCUUCAGCUGGAGCUCUCAUCUUGUUGCACAUCAGAGAACUCACACAGGGGAGAAACCUUAUGAAUGUAACGAAUGUGGGAAAUCAUUCAGCCGCAGCUCUCACCUCGUUUCCCAUCAGAGAACUCAUACUGGAGAGAAACCUUAUAGAUGUAAUCAGUGUGGGAAAUCCUUUAGCCAGAGCUAUGUCCUUGUUGUGCAUCAGAGAACUCAUACUGGAGAGAAGCCUUAUGAAUGCAGUCAGUGUGGAAAGUCAUUCAGGCAGAGCUACAAACUUAUUGCACAUCAAAGAACUCAUACUGGAGAGAAGCCCUACGAAUGUAAUCAAUGUGGGAAAUCAUUUAUCCAGAGCUAUAAGCUUAUUGCCCAUCAAAGAAUUCAUACUGGAGAAAAGCCCUAUGAAUGCAAUCAAUGUGGGAAAUCCUUUAGUCAAAGUUACAAACUUGUCGCGCAUCAGAGGAGUCACACAGGAGAAAAACCCUUUGAAUGUAAUCAGUGUGGAAAAUCUUUCAGCUGGAGUUCUCAACUUGUUGCACACCAAAGAACUCAUACUGGAGAGAAACCCUACGAAUGUAAUGAGUGUGGGAAAUCUUUCAACCGCAGUUCUCACCUUGUUAUGCAUCAGAGAACUCAUACUGGAGAAAAACCCUAUGAAUGUAAUCAGUGUGGGAAGUCCUUCAGCCAGAGUUAUGUUCUUGUUGUACAUCAGAGAACUCAUACUGGAGAAAAGCCCUAUGAGUGCAGUCAGUGUGGGAAAUCCUUCAGGCAGAGUUCAUGCCUUACUCAACAUCAGAGAACUCAUACUGGAGAGAAACCCUAUGAAUGUAAUCAAUGUGGUAAAACAUUCAGCUUGAGUGCUCGACUUAUUGUACAUCAAAGAACUCAUACUGGAGAGAAACCCUUUACAUGUAAUCAGUGUGGGAAAGCUUUCAUUAAUAGUUCUAAACUUAUUAGGCAUCAGGCAACUCAUACUGAAGAGAAACCCUAUGAAUGUAACUAGUUUGGAGAUCUUUCAGCCAGAGUAUAUCCCUCCCUCCCUCCCUCCUUCUCUCCCUUCCUCCCUCCUUCCUUUCCUCCCUCCCUUCAGCCCCUCACUUCCUCCUUCCCUCCUUCCAUUCCUCCGGGAUUACAUGUAUUGGAAAGAACUACCAUGAAAACAAUGUGUGUGGAAAAAGCUUUCAGUUAGCUCUUUGUUAUUGUGUAUCUGGAAAUAUGUUCUGGGGAAGAAAUAGAGAAGAACUGUGAAUCACAUAUUUUACUUAGCAAUUCCAUGUUAAAAAAUCAAACUUGGCCCUAAUAACACAUUCCCACAAAAGUAAUAACUAUUGGCACUUUUCCUUGCAGAAAGCACUUCGACCUGAGUUUGAGAGAAUUAUCAUUAAAUGGGCAAUAUGCUGUGGAGUGAUUGCCAGUGAGGUGGACCUCUUUUCCAAUAAAGAAUAAAUGAGAAUGCUAAUACCGGUGGGCUUGUUGUUGAGAAGGUUGGGAAAUUGCUGUAGCUUUAGAACUUAGACUGGAAAACGGUAUUUCAGUGUACCAUUUUCCAACAUGAUUUCCCUAGCAGCUACUUAGUAAUCAGUUUCAUACAGCACUUUCUCUUAUAUGUGAAGAUUUUGUAAAAAUUAGGGAAAUGGCUAUGAGAUGAACUGAAAAAUGCAGGGCAAGAGUAUAGAACAUUCAUUUCUGGAACCAUCAUGGUAAGAUAUUUGUGUUUGGAUCAGGAUCUAAAGGGAUUCUAGGCGUAUCUGCUUUAAUUUUAGGUUUAUGCCUUUUUUUUUUUGAAUGUAUGCUUUUUUAUAAUACUAAUAAGUGAUAUGAGUAAUAGUCAGAAAAUACAAACAUUUCCAUCUCUUUGACCAUUUAGGAAAGACUGGACAGUCAGAUAGCAAAGAUCCCUCAGGGUUCUGAGAGUUCCAUUUGGAUUAGCAUGAACAGGUUACUCCUUAGGACUUAGAUUCCCAGGAAUGUUCCUCAUUGAGAAUAAAAUAUUUCCCUGGGAAUGUGGAACUGGAAAUUUAAGCCAGAGGGACUGAGAAUGCAUGGGCAGUAUGGAGGGCAAAUGGGCUUUUUUUUUUUUUAACCCAUAUAUCAAAAGCAGUAUAAAAGAGCUCUAUUUUUAAGGUGUUUUUUUUUUUUUUUUCUCCCAUCAUGUAGUAUUGUCUUUUUUUUCUCUGGGGUAUGUUCCCUAAUGGGAGAAUCCUCUGAGUGGGAAGGUACUGCCCUGGCUAAGUGCUUGCCACCUAAAUUAAGCUCACAAGAAUGCUUUUAGUGAGGUAAUAUUUGUAGCUUCUCAUUGGUUUUUUAGAUUUGGUUCACAAGUCUUUCUGGCCUUUGCCCCUAUAUCAUGAAUUCUAAUCCUAUGGAUUGUCAUGGACCUGAAACCUCUGAUCCCAGAGAGUUAUUGAAAAAUAGGCUGAGAGUUGAACUGAGAGACCAGAGAAUAGAGGUAAAUUCCCUGGAGAAAGAAAAAAAAAAAACCAGCUAAAGUGCUAUCUAAUAGGGGUUACCCUUAGUAAAUUCUGUCCCCAGGAUAUGACCCUAAGUGGAUUCAUCUUUAUGAGGGUUAAGCCAGAGAGUGCAGCACACCUCGCAGUGACUGAAGUUCUGGGGGAACAGUUGUUGACGGCUGGAAAACUGGCUGCCAACCCCAGGAGAAUCUUCAGUCAGUCCAUGAAUGCACAGAUAGAGGAAGAGAAGGGGUUCUCCAUGCACUGCCUUUGGGGGAGGACAUAAAAUUGUGAAAAUGCUAAUUUGGCAGUGGGACAUGGUUAGGCUUCUUUUCCCCAAAAUUAUAGAUAAAACCAAUAUCAGUGCUAGGUACAAGUGGAUGAUUUUCACUGGGCAUGUUGAAUCUUACUUUGAAGACAGGAGACACGAUUGUACAAAUGAAUUUAAAGCCAAAUGGGCUAAGAAGGAGGCCUGUGAAGAUUUCAGGUUUGGGAAGGGGUUUAUCUCAAAGUAAUCUUUUUAGUGUUAAAAAUAUUUCAUUGAAAAUGAAAUUGAAAAAACUGCAGAGAAUUUUGAAGUGAGUAUGUGUGUGAUUGUGUGUUUCUUGGCCAGGUUGAAUACGAGUCAUCUGUGUGCACUAAGUCAUAAGUAUUACAUCAGCUCCUAGGUGGUGAAUUAUGGUUGCCAAGUGUUUUGAAGUAAGGUAGAUUCAGUAAAUAAACAAAAAUGUUAAUUUCAUUAUUUGCUCAGUAAUUUCCCUCUGUAGGAAAGGUAUUCUUUUAAAAAAUGGUCAACCAAUAAUGAAGAGAAGUUAAAGUGACAGUGUGCUAAAAAUAAAUAUUUAAACCUCUGAACCUAAAAUUUAGGUUUAAAAGGGGGAAUCAGUAAGUUGAUUUUAAUGACAUAUGUAUGACACAUAUAUAACCACAUAUGUCCCCUGCAUAAAAAUUUUUGUGUAAAAUUCACAAAGUAAAAUUGUACUUUGCCAUAGCAAAAUGUAUAGAGAUUUGACAGGCCAAAUUUCUUUCACCAUACUCCAGUAAAAUUAGAAAUAAGUGAAAGGUGACCAAAGCAUUUUAAAAUACAUGGAUGUUGAGGAAUACUCUCUCUCCUAGAACCAAUUUUUUAAAACAUUUUUAUAGUUUUAUCCAGAUAUAAUUGACAUAAGUUUAACAUGUACGGCAUAAUGACUUGACUUACAAAUAUUGUGAAAUGGGGACUUCCCUGGCCGUCCAGUGGUUAGGACUCCACACUGUCACUGCCGGGGCCAUGGGUUCAAGCCCUGGUCGGGGAUUAAGAUCCCACAAGCGCAGCCAAAAAAUAUAUAUAUAUUGUGAAAUGAUUACCACAAUGAGUUAACAUCCAUCAUCUCAUAUAGAUACUAAAAGAAAAAAAAAAGUGGGUUUUUUUUUUCCUUGUGGAGAGAACUCUUAGGAUUUGCUCUCUUACCAGCUUUCAAAUGUACCAUUCAGCAGCAUUAACUGUAGUCAUCAUGUUUCCUCCCACACUCCUGCUUAGUCUUCAGUACUUUUGUACUUUGUCCACCUUAUUUUGUGGUUUGAUGUUUCAGCUUACUCCUAGGCCUGACAAAGAUAAACGUGCUUUUAAUUUGUUUGUUUUUGUUGUUUUUAUAAAUUUAUUUAUUUAUUUUUGGCUGUGUUGGGUCUCCAUUGCUGCACGUGGGCUUUCUCUAGUUGCAGCGAGCCGGAGCUACUCUUUGUUGCAGUGUGCGGGCUUCUCAUUGCAGUGGCUUCUCUUGUGGAGCAUAGGCUCUAGGCACGUGGGCUUCAGUAGUUGUGGCAUGUGGGCUCCAGUAGCUGUGGCUCACAGGCUCUAGAGCGCAGGCUCAGUAGUUUUGGCACACGGGCUUAGUUGCUCUGCGGCAUGUGGGAUCUUCCCAGACCAGGGCUGGAACCCGUGUCCCCUGCAUUGGCAGGUGGAUUCUCCACCACUGUGCCACCUGGGAAGCCCCUGUUUUUGUUUUUGUUUUUUGUUUUUUUGUCCAAAGAGAUUUCAGCUUGGAGCAGGGAGGGAAUCCAGACUUUUUGAUGCUGUUUUCAGAUAUGCCUUUUAUAUUUCUAAAUUUCUUUUGGAUUUUGUGCUUAAUCAAUACCCUUUAUUUCGUAUGUCUCAUUUCAUGUACUUGAUAAGACCAGUUAAUCUUACCUACGCCUUUAGAACUUUAUCUUGAAAAAUCAGUAUUCUUCCUGUUUGCUGAAAGAGGUUGCACAUGGACUCAGUUUCCCUUUAGAAGAUUUGAUGAGUUACAUCAGUAAAUUGCAUAUUGCUCUUUACAAAUUAUAGCAGCCUGGGUUCUUAAUUGGAAAGCACAUGAGCCAAUUCUAACCAGUUGAUUCAGAAGAUAUUAGGUGGCUUCAAGAACUGGCAAGAAAGACAAUGUUCAGGGCUUCAUAGAAACAAUUGCUGAAUCAUGCUGCAGAGCCAUGAGAGUUCCUCAGUGUUCCCAAAGUUCCUUGAGAUAUAGUAAAAAACUAACUAUAUCUUCUGAUUCGAAGUCUGGGCAACUGCCUGGUUCUGGUGGAUCGUAGGCUGUGCCUGCACCUGAGUUGUGUGGAAGGUUAAGAUGCCAGGGCCACCAGUGCCUAGUGUUUCCUGGAGCGUCCAUAGUUGUAGAUGGGCUCUGCCUUCCACUCAUACUAAUUCUUUGGGCAGUUUGUCAUUCAUAGAAUUGUUACUCAUUUGCUAAGCAACAGUAAAGGUAAAAACAAAAGAUUUCCAGUAUAGCCCGCCCUUGCCUAGCCUAUAUGUCAACAUUUUCUUCACUCUCUACAUUUUCACUUAACUUUAAUAUGUAUAUGCAGUCUCCUACUUAACCUAUCACAGCUCUCUUACAACCAAAAACGUGUACUCUCUUCCUCACCCAGGGCUUCAUAUCUUUGCUUCCACUUCCAAGUCUGGGAUCUCUGAGUGGUGUCCAUUCCUUUUCUAAUGAAAAACUCCUCAUGUAAAAAGAUGGUUCAGACGCUGGGCAUUUAGAAAGGAUAGGGGGAUUAUAAACCAGGUCAAAUUACCAAGCAAAUAUUCAGUAACUUUUGUUGUGAGUAGAUAUGGAAAAGCUUUCUAAACCUGCUUUUGUAAAACCACAAACAAGUUGGUGACAUGGGCAGUUUUUACUGCUUAGGAUAAUUUAAUCCUUAUUUGGAUUUGUUUGGGGGUCUAACUAAAUCAGUGUUUGUUUUAUUAUGCUUUGCAGUAAAAAUAGUAUUGUUACAUUUUAAAAUAUCACUUUCGGCAUUUGCCAAGUGGAUCUUCAUGUUGGAACAGUAAAGUUGGACCUUCUGUCUUAUGGCCAGUGUGGUACUGAUUUGUAAUCCACUGAGGAUGGCAUUUCAGUGGAAAUAGGUUGAUAAAUAGGAUUGAUAAACCUUUCUGUAGUAGUUAUAUCACCUUUCUGGACUCUUUAACAUCUUUUGUGUUCUAUUGAGGUCAUGACAGUCUUCAUGGUCACCUCCUCUCUUCUUCAGGGAGGACUCCUGGAAGUUAACUGUUGGAUCAAGUUCUUGAAACACAGAUAUUCCUUUUGAGUAUUGUUCCUCUUUCCUGCCCAGACUCUACUAGUUACUCUCUGACAGUGUUUGCUUAGAUCUGGACUGUUGAUACCUAUGCCUGUGGUUCACUGCACAACAGAUCCAGCAGGUUGGUGAUUCUUCUGACCAGAAGCUCUUCUUCUUGUUCUAUAUUUGGUUUGUCCACAUGUUUCUCCACCAUUGCUCGCUUUCUGAAGGGACUAGGACCACACUACCCCUGCCAGAUAUUUUGUGGAAUGCUGGAACUUUCUAUGGGUGUAAGUUCCUGAUUUUUCUGUACUCUUGAAAAAACUUCAUGGACAUGCCAUUAACUUUAAUUGAUAAUUUAUUUUUAAGAAGUAAUACGUGGCUGUCAUCAUAAGUGGAAUGUGCUGAAAUUUUAGUAGUGGGGAUUAGGUUAUAAAAGGACCAAACCUAUGGAAAAGCCAGAAGAGGGUUUUCUGAUGAAAUCUCAAAACUGUUUAUCUGUAGUUUCUGGUAUUACUAUUCUCUACUAAUUAUAUGGGGUUCCAUCACUGAAACUCUCUGCUUUAGUAUUUAUGUUGCACUGGGUAGAGGGAGUUGGAGUCUCUUUUUGUAAUCUGGUGCUUUAAUUAGAUAUAGCUGAUAGAAUUGAUCAUCUAAACCUGUAUACAAUACAGCCAGUUCCAAGAUGUGUCCCCAGAAAACUGGAUGCCCAGUCACCACAGGCUACACCCAUCCCCAGGUGGUGUAGCCUCUACCUUGUAUGAGUAUCCAAUCAUGGUUCCUAUGUUCACAUGGGAAGAUGGGAUGACUACUGUGUUUGGAGUAUUGUUCUCUGUUACUGCUGGAUAAAGUCCAGUUGCAUUUUUUUAUACAAGGAAAACUGAAGUUUCUAGCUUUAAAUGAAACUAUAAAAUUGUGGGGGGUUGUGUUUAUGAAACAUUCAAAUUGGUCAGAAAACACUGAAUGAGAAAAAAAUGUUUAAGUAAAAGAUGGCAACUAGGUUAAAACAAGAGUUAAAUUGGAAACAGCAGCAUUAGUUCACACCCUUAAAAGCUGGGCAGCCUCUUGGGUUGCACAUCAUCCUGGGGAUCCAUCAGUGAUGCAGCAGCAAUUUGAAACCAGGGCUCUUUGGUGAGUAGCUUAUGUUAAGGCAGAAAGAUAGACAUGGACUUGUACUAUCUUGUAGAUAAUAGGUUAAAAAACACUUCGAGAGACAUUUGGGUGGUGUUACAUAUGCCACAGGGGCCACUAACCUGUGUGGAAUUCCUGCCAACCAAGCAGGAAUACUUUGAGCAUUGAGAAACCAUUAGUCAUGGACAGCUGGACCAAGGUAGGUCAAUACAGAGCCAUGGGUCCUUCGUGAGAUGCAGUAUCAAGUGUGCUGAAGAAAGGCAUUCUUAGUCUGUUCAGACUGCUAUAACAAAAAUACUUUAAACUGGCUGUAUCAGCGACUGAGGACUCACUUCCUGCUCCUUAGCUGCACAUCUUGUUUUGUCCUCACAAGGUCUCUGAGGCCUCUGUAAGGGCACUAAUCCCAUUUGUGAGGUACCCUCAUGACCUAAUCACCUCCCAAAGGCCCUCACCCCCUAAUAUCACAUUGGGGGUUAGGAUUUCAACAUAUGAGUUUGGUGAGGGGACACAAGCAUUCAGUCCACAACAGGCACAAACUCAACUUCUAAUAGCCUUCAAAUAAAGGUGCAUUAUAUUGGUCAGUCCCAAUUGCCCUGCAGGCAAGUGUUGGUCAUCAUUAAUUUUAUAACAUGUGAAAAAUAGGCUUAUAUGGAGGUCCAUACAGAAAAAAGUCACCUUCACUAAGAUGAAGAUCUGGAAACUACACAUUUUAAUCUCACAAUGAAAGGGGCAUCUAAAAUUCCAGCUUAGGCCCCUCACUGACUGACACUGGAGGUUGAUCGCUUCAUUACUUGCCUCUGGUGGAUAGGCCGCGGGCUCUAUAAAGACACAUAAAGAUGCCAUUAAUAAAGGA